AUGGACUGUACCAAGUCUCCGGAAGCCAUGCAGGAACAAAUACUCCAAUCGAUUCUCUUAUCCGUCGGAGUGAAAGACUCGGGACAGGUACAGAUUCUAGCCGAGCGGGAUGUUUCCGUCUACAGUGUCUCCCGCGUGCAUCAGGUCGCCGCGGUGGGGCACAAAAUUAUUUGUGCCGCCCGCGAGUACGUCGCGGAACAAUUACAGAACGCCAUGGACGAGGUCCGGGCCAAGUUACCCCCCGACGUAUCCAAAGACGACGCCGCCACGCCGUACGAGAAAGACGCCACUGUACAGUUCUGGUUGGACGCUCGUGUGCGCUUGGAAGGGGAAAAAGUCCGCUCCCGGCCCUGGCAAUACGUAUUCAUCCAAAGCAAACUGCCCAACGCGUUCGUGACAGAAAUAUUACCCCAACGCAUCUUUAUUACAACCGCCAUGUUGGAACUCACCACCAAUGCGGACGAACUCGCCCUCAUUCUCGGACACGAAGUCUCCCACCUCAUUUACGGACACGUCAGUCAAGCCAACCAGGUCGAAACCAUGUUGCGCACGCUGGAAGUCUUGUUGCUCACCGUGGAUCCCACCUCCGGUGUACUCGCUCUGGGAGUCAUCGGCUUGCUAGCCGGAUUGCGCAAGGCGGCCGCCGCCGCUUUUUCACGCGAACACGAGCAAGAAGCGGAUGAUCUGGGAUUGAUCAUUGCCGCCCGGGCCUGUUUCGAUACCGUCAAGGGCGCCGAAGUCAUGCACGCCAUGCAUCAGCACAGUAUCAGUGCGGGGACGGAACUCGUCCGGGACAGCAAUCUCGUACGCUUGUACGAUACCCACCCACCCUCGUUGGAACGGUACCGACUUUUGAAGGAAAAAUCCGUCGACGAGAAUUAUACAAAAUACUUGGAUCGACAGUGUGCCACCGUCUCGAGUCGCCUGCGGGAAGCCUUGUGGGGAAGUCCUUCCCCCAAGCCACCAAAAAACGGUACCGUAGUGGAGAAAAAGUAA